AUGAGUUCCUACGUAGCCAAUUCAUUCUAUAAGCAAAGUUCUAAUAUUCCUGCAUAUAACGCUCAAACUUAUGGUAACUAUGGAUCGGUAGCCGACGCGCCUUCUUCCAGGUAUUGUUACGGGAGGCUGGAUCUGAGUCUGACUUUCCCAGCGCCUGCUCCUUCCGGCUCUGCCCACGGGCUGGACAUGGCGACCACGGCCAGACCUGCCCCCGAGCGGCCCGCCUGUACCGCGGGCUCAUCACUGCCCGGGGAGGACCCGGCUCCGCUCGGCGCGGGGAUGUACAGACGGAAGGUAGACAGCCCGCCGUUGGAAGAGCCAGCCCCCAGCUCUGGGGGGAUCAAGGAGGAGCAGAGUCCCGCGCUCCAAGCAGGAGGGACCCCCCAGCCGCCUACCCAACCACAAAUCUAUCCAUGGAUGACCAAACUUCACAUAAGCCACGAAACCGACGGGAAACGUUCGCGCACCAGUUACACCCGCUACCAGACCCUGGAACUGGAGAAGGAGUUUCACUUCAACCGCUACCUGACCCGGCGGCGCCGCAUCGAGAUCGCCAACAAUCUGUGCCUCAACGAGAGGCAGAUCAAGAUCUGGUUCCAGAACCGGCGGAUGAAGUGGAAGAAGGACUCGAAAUUAAAGAGCAAAGAUUCUCUCUAAAGAGCGGGAGGGCAUGGGAAAGACGGAGGGAGAGGAAGAAGGGAUGGUGGAGCAGAGCCCCAAUCCUCCGCUCCCUCGUACUUCCUCCCCUCUCCCGCUCCGCGAGUUGGUUGGUGUCUACCUGGGGAAAACUUUUUGGGGUGGGGGGGAGGAGGCGGCCUUGCCUCCGCUGUCCCCUCAGCCCCUCCAGGCAAGAGCCACUCCUAUUAAUAUUCAAUAACCUGGGUCGCCCCCCCCUCAACUUCAUCGGCCAGUUUCGCAUCCCUCCUCGUCUCUCUGAGCCCCUCUCUGCCCCCAGCCUGGACUUCUUUAUGCUAAAAAUUAAAAAAAGGGGGGAGGGAGAGGGGAAAUUAAAAAAAAAUCAUCCGCUGCCUCCAAGUGGACCCUUCCCCUCUUAUAACGUCUCUCCCUAGCCAGUAUCCUUGCAUCGCCUCGUAUUUUCACGCUGCUCUCUUUAUUUUCUUUAAAUCGUCUGGGGGUAGGGGUGUUGGAAAGAGAGGGAGCUGGAAAAUGGGGGCCCAGGGUCUUCUGAACUCUCUGUCUUUCUCCUCUCUCCCUCGGUGACCCCCGAGUCCGCUCCCAAAACCACCAUAGCCCUUUCCGCCGGCACCGAUGGACUCUUUGUUCCCCUGAAGCACUUGGGGAGAAAGGCCGAGGAGAGGGGAGGGCUGCCUUGGCUUGUCUGCUUGAGCGUGUGUGUGUGUGUGUGUGUGUGUGU